AUGCUGGCCGCGCAGGGAGCACGACGAGUGCCCUUGCCGUCCCAGGAAAUCUGUCUUAACCGCCCUCUUUUGCGCCCAAAUUAUCUCGGAAUCACUCGCAACAGCUCUAGGACCUCUCGCGGCUCGAGGGGAUAUGCCACGGCCACGGAUGCGGACGCUGGCCGAUCGCACUUCUGGUUCCUCCCCAAGGACGGCUUCAAACGCUCAAAGACAAAGUCCUCUUCGUUUAAUACAGGCAGAGGAUCAUGUUUUGGUAGCUGUUUUGGCCCCCGUCAGCAAGCACGACCAUAUGUUCGUUUAGAGUCCUACGAUCCGUCGUCACGGCUGCUCGCCUGGAUUGGACGAUGCGGUGUAGGCUGUAAUGCGUAUGGAGGAUCUCUGGUCAUGAUGGAGUCGAUGCGAACCUCGAGCGACAACUGGAGACGAGUCCAGGCUAAUCUACUGUCCUCACUGCAGCGAAGGAUGACACCCGUAUCUAUUGUCGAUGGCUCUCCACAGAAGCGCGACUUUCAUUCGAGCAGCAAGCGAGAUGGCAUGUGGCAUUUGGUGAUACACACUGCUGCCUAUCUCAAAUCGAGCGGAGCACUUACUGCAGUCCAGACGGUAGGACGAAUCGCGCUUACAUUAUUACCUAUGGCUGUCAUCAAGCGCUCGCUCUUUCGCAAGUUAAUUAAGGUGCUGCCGCUCUCUGAACACCCAACCCUCGCUUCUCUCCACAAGCACAUGCAAUCUUCGAUUAGUGCAAUCAACGUCGCAUUAUGGGGCCUUUUGAUCGUUCCCGCCGGAUUUUUCGUCGCUACCAUAUUGGCAAGUAUGGAACGCACCCCCAUCACCGGUCGAUGGCGAUUGAUCCUUUUGUCGCCCGAAGAAGAGAGAAGCGUCGCUGCUGACCUUGCUGGGGAUGGCUGGAAGGAGGCAGUCGUGAACAUUCUCACCGAGGGAAAGACGGUACCCUUGCCCAGAGUAAUUCCCCGUUCUGACUGGAGAAGCGAAUGGGUUUUGCAAACCUGGCGGCACCUCGAAGCCGUCGUACCACUCAUGCAGGCCGAUGACGCAGAGAUCAAAAAGGCCUUUGAGCGAUUCGCUAAACAAGAGCGAGAGGGACAAGAUGUCAUUCCUUUCCCUCCGCCGUCUGAAUAUGCGCUCAUGCCUCGGCCUCGUGCAACAACGCUGUUGCAUUCAAUCUCACCUUGCAUGUCAGACGUGAUGGAAGAGGCGGCGCUAGCUACGCUUUCGUCAGAAGAUGACCCGAUAGAAGCGGACAAGCGCUUGACCUCUCAAGACCCUCCACCACAUACGCUCCUCGGUCCACCGUAUUCAGUCCUCCUGGUUGACAAACCGCAAUCGGCAAAUGCAUUCUCCUAUGGGUUUGGGCCGAAUGGAGCGGGUGGCGUCGUCGUCUAUUCUGGAUUCAUCGACGAAAUCCUCAGAAAGACGGACCCGGCUGCGAUCGGUGAAGGCUCACCGUCUUCGACUAAUUCUGGAAGCAGAAGCUUCCUGUCACUCUUUACUGGCUCUUCUACAUCACAGCAGCCAUCUAUACAGGCUGCCAAUACUAUCCCCACUCAAUAUACGCCUACACAGGAGCAAACCACACUAUUGGCUAUUCUCCUCGCACACGAAAUGGCACAUCUCGUUUUAUCUCAUCAUUUGGAAACACUUUCAUCCAACUCGAUUCUUAUUCCUACCGUCGUCGGCAUGUUUUCCGACCUCGCACGUACACUCGUAUUCCCGUUUACCAUGGUCUUUGGACCAUUCGUAAACGACGCCCUCUGGGAGGUUAGCAAGCUCGGAACAGGCGAGGUCGUCAAGAACACCGAGGCAUGCACCGUCAGGGCCCUCGAGGUGGAGGCUGACGUUGUCGGCGCAAGACUCCUCGCAUACGCUGGCUUUGACGCUCGAGCCGCUGUCAAGUUUUGGGAAGAGCGUGAAGCAGCUGAUACGUGCGCUGAAGCACAAUGCAAGAGCAAGCCUGCUGUGGAUGCAGAUUCUCCGAGUAUCCUUUCUCGGAUUCGCCAGCUGGUGCCCAUCGCUGGGCCAAGUCUUGAGGGCGCAUGGUUUACCAAAACCGGCAGCGAUCAUGCCGGUCCACAUCCCAUUAGUGCAGAGCGCCUCAAUCGGCUCCGUGCGGAGCUGCAACGAUGGGAGCACGAGCGCACCAAGUUUCAGAAGACUUUGAGCGACGAUGUCUCAUCACCGGUAGCUACCGCAUAG